AUGGCCCCAAUCCAUCUCAAGUCUCGACCGCAUCAAGUGGUAGCAGCAACCUCUCGACGACACAUUAGUGUUUUUCAAGCUGCCCUGUGUUUUUCGUGCUUGGUGUUGGCGCUGGACGCGUGUCUAACCGAAGGAACGGAGAUCAUUUUCCUCUUGAUUCACUUUUUACUAUCGUACCCAGCUCGAUUUGUAGCAUUCUACGAGCCUAAAGUGAUGGCAUUAGAGAUUAUGAUGAAAGAUACAAUCGAGCGAAUGGAGAUCUCAGAGCAAGUGAGCGACGCGUGGGACUUUACUGUGGCUUUAAUCACCCUGGUUUGUGUGCACAAAGUUAUUGAGACAACCAGGACAUCCAUCGUCAGUCGACUAAAGACUUCAGCAGACACAAGUAGCAAGUAA